AAAAAAAUAAAUUUUUAAAGAAAAGAAAAAGGAAUAACCAAGGCAAACACCUUCUUCUUACAAUAAUCGAAUCGAAGCCGGGUGCAAAAGCAGUGAUCGGAUCCGAAGUUGAUGUGGGCAAGCCAAGUAUCCGAGUUAUCGACCUCCAUACUUCAUUUCAAUUAGGGCUUUUGCCUGUCGAGAGAGACUCGGAGAGAAAGGGGAAUCGGAAUCGGAUUCGGUGUCUUAGGGUUAGGGCUUGCAGUGAUUAUAUUGUGAUCUCCGCCGCCGAGUCCGAAAGGAGAAACCCCAGAAGGGGCAAACAUUUAUUCGGUAAUCCAAUGCAUUUCGUGUAAUUUCAAGUUGAUUAAGGUAGUUCUCCAAUGGCUAAGAAAUCUGUAGCUCAACGAAGGCUAACGAAACUCGAUGUCUAUCUUUACAUACCCAACAUUAUUGGGUACAUAAGGGUUCUUAUGAACUGUUUUGCCUUUGCCCUAUGCUUCUCCAACAAGAAGCUUUUCUCUGUUCUCUAUUUCGUCAGCUUUGUCUGCGAUGGGGUAGAUGGUUGGUGUGCUCGCAAAUUCAACCAAGUUUCUACCUUUGGAGCUGUUUUGGACAUGGUAACAGACAGGAUAAGCACUGCGUGUCUCUUGGUAGUACUUUCACAAGUUUACCGGCCUGGCUUGGUUUUCCUCUCAUUACUUGCCUUAGAUAUUGGUAGCCACUGGCUGCAGAUGUACAGUACUUUUCUGUUAGGCAAGGCUAGUCACAAAGAUGUGAAAGACAGCACUAAUUGGCUUUUUAAAGCAUACUACGGAAAUCGGAUGUUUAUGGCUUACUGUUGUGUGGCAUGUGAGGUCCUUUAUAUAAUUCUAUUUCUUCUUGCAAAGAACGAAACUGAGAACUUGAUUGAUGUUUUAACGGGGCUUGCAAAGCAUAUUACACCACUUUCUGUUCUAGUUGGUUUGAGUUUAUUUGGAUGGGCAGUCAAACAAGCAGUGAAUCUUAUACAGUUGAAGACAGCAGCAGAUGUGUGUGUGCUUCAUGAUAUCAACAAAAAGCAAAGCCCCUAAUGCACAUCAACUUCUAUGACCGGAGGCGCAUUCUACGUUCAGCUUCCUGCUCAGUUCACGUCGAAAUAUGUUGCUGCAGCGGAUGAGAAUGCCUUGUAAUUUCUUUUCUUUUGUUGAUUUGUACGUUUUUUUCCCGAAGUUAACUACACAAAAAUUAGACAAAUUUGACGUCUGUUGUUAACAUUAAAAGAAAAAAAGAAGUUAAAAAGGGCAUUUUCCGAUCUUGUCAAGUUUUCCGCCCUAUUUCCUAUUUCGUAUGUUUCGUGUUCUAAUUAGUCUGUCGUACGAUAUGAAUCCACUCUGCAAACUAUUUUGUAA